UUUCCACCCAGAUGUCUGAAAUCCUAUAGCUGCGGUCAGCGAUCCCCAGAGUGGAGUGCAGUGUGGAGGCUGAGUGCUGAGAAGAGGCAGCCUGGGGCAAGGCUGGUCCACCCUCCUGGGUUCCAGGAGUGGACCAUAAACCCACCAGGAGGACAAUGAGUGAAGAGACGGUCCCCGAGGCCGCCUCCCCGCCGCCCGCGCAGGGGCGGCAGUACUUCGACCGCUUCUCUGAGGAAGACCCUGAGUACCUGCGCCUUCGCAAUCGUGCGGCGGACCUGCGGCAGGACUUCAACCUGAUGGAGCAGAAGAAGCGCGUCACCAUGAUCCUGCAGAGCCCAUCUUUCAGGGAGGAGCUGGAAGGCCUCAUCCAGGAGCAGAUGAAGAAGGGGAACAACUCCUCCAACAUCUGGGCCCUGCGGCAGAUCGCGGACUUCAUGGCCAGCACCUCCCACGCAGUCUUCCCAACAUCUUCCAUGAAUUUCUCCAUGAUGACGCCCAUCAAUGACCUCCACACAGCUGACUCCUUGAACCUGGCCAAGGGCGAGCGGCUCAUGCGGUGCAAGAUCAGCAGUGUCUACCGCCUCCUGGACCUCUAUGGCUGGGCCCAGCUGAGUGACACCUACGUCACACUGAGAGUCAGCAAGGAGCAGGACCACUUCCUAAUCAGCCCGAAGGGAGUUUCUUGCAGUGAAGUCACAGCAUCCAGCCUGAUCAAGGUGAACAUCCUGGGAGAGGUGGUGGAGAAGGGCAGCAGCUGCUUCCCGGUGGACACCACAGGCUUCUGUCUGCACUCCGCCAUCUACGCUGCCAGACCCGACGUCCGCUGCAUCAUCCACCUUCACACCCCAGCCACCGCGGCGGUGUCAGCCAUGAAGUGGGGCCUCCUGCCUGUGUCCCACAACGCCCUGCUGGUGGGGGACAUGGCCUACUUCGACUUCAAUGGCGAGAUGGAGCAGGAAGCCGAUCGGAUCAACCUGCAGAAGUGCCUUGGACCCACCUGCAAGAUCCUGGUGCUAAGAAACCAUGGAGUGGUUGCUCUGGGUGACACCGUGGAGGAGGCGUUUUAUAAGGUCUUCCACCUGCAGGCUGCGUGUGAGAUCCAGGUGUCUGCUCUGUCCAGCGCGGGGGGUGUGGAGAACCUCAUCCUUCUGGAGCAGGAGAAGCACCGGCCGCAUGAGGUGGGCUCCGUGCAGUGGGCAGGGAGCACCUUUGGGCCCAUGCAGAAGAGCCGGCUGGGUGAGCACGAGUUUGAGGCCCUCAUGAGGAUGCUGGACAACCUGGGUUACAGAACAGGCUACACCUACCGCUACCCCUUAGUGCAAGAGAAAACCAAACACAAGAGUGAGGUGGAGAUUCCAGCCACAGUCACAGCCUUCGUGUUCGAGGAGGACGGCGCCCCGGUGCCUGCCCUGCGGCAACACGCGCAGAAGCAGCAGAAGGAGAAGACCCGCUGGCUCAACACGCCCAACACCUACCUGCGGGUCAACGUGGCCGAUGAGGUCCAGAGGAGCAUGGGCAGCCCCCGGCCCAAGACCACGUGGAUGAAGGCUGACGAGGUGGAGAAAUCCAGCAGUGGCAUGCCCAUACGGAUCGAAAACCCAAACCAAUUUGUGCCUCUCUAUACUGACCCCCAAGAAGUGCUGGACAUGCGCAACAAGAUUCGAGAACAAAACCGGCAGGAUGUGAAGUCGGCAGGGCCUCAGUCCCAGCUCCUGGCCAGUGUCAUCGCUGAGAAGAGCCGAAGCCCGUCUACAGAGAGCCAGCUGAUGUCGCAGGGCCAGGCGGAUACCAAAGACGAGUCUGAGGAGACAGUGCCCAACCCCUUCAGCCAACUCACGGACCAGGAGCUGGAGGAGUACAAGAAAGAGGUGGAGAGGAAGAAGCUAGAACUCGAUGGAGAGAAAGAACCAGCCGUAGAGGAGCCUGGCUCACCUGGAAAGUCCGCACCUGCUUCCCCAGCUCAGAGUCCAGCCAAGUCAGAGACGAAGAGCCCCGUGGGCUCUCCCUCCAAGUCUGUGGACGAAGAGGCUCAGAAGACGGAACCAAGCAAACCCACCACAGAGCCUGAGACGACCCAGCCAGAGGGCGUGGUGGUGAAUGGCAGGGAGGAUGAGCCGACGGCAGAGGAAAUCCUCAGCAAAGGCCUGAGCCAGAUGACCACUCACGCCGACACGGAUGUGGACACCUCGAAGGACAAAACCGAGUCAGUCACCAGUGGCCCCAUGUCCCCGGAGGGCUCUCCUUCCAAGUCCCCGUCCAAGAAGAAGAAGAAGUUCCGAACCCCAUCCUUCCUGAAGAAGAGCAAAAAGAAGGAGAAGGUGGAGUCCUGAGGUGGGGCUCCCAUUUGCACCCCCGCCCCCUCGCCUUCUCCCACCUCUGUCUCGGAAGCACGGGGCCCAGGAUCACACUCCGAGGGGAAGCUUAGAGAUUGCACGACCACCCCCGCCACACUUCAUUUUCCAAUCACCCCACAGAAAUCAGGUGACUUCCCCAAGGUCACCCAGCGAGUUUGUGGCAGAGCCUGCACUAGAAUCUGGGUCUUCAGGCUCCCAGUGCUCCAGUGCUCUUUCCACUACACAACACUGCCUAGUUGUGGGCCGCCUUUGCGAGAAGGCUGCCCCUGAUCUGAGCCCAAAGCAAGGGGCCAAAGGCGGCCAUGAGCUCUCACAAGUUCAGACCAAAAUCAGACAGGUCGAGGCUUCCCAGAGCCUUUUCCUUGCAGGAAUCCAAUCUCCUGCCACUGGAGCCAUGGCUAUAUUUGGAAAUCUCUCUUCUCCUUUCCAGAGGGUAACUGCCCUGCCGCUCACAGUGACCAGACAGAUGGAUCCGUCCCCUCCCCCAGAAGUUAAUCUUUGUUCCCAAGGGCUGAUGGCUUAGCUUGUGCUUCCCCAUCCACUAACCCCGAGCUUUCUUCAUGGAACCCCUGGAAUGACGGCUGGAAGCCUUUGAAGAGUGGGUAGGCGUAAGGGUGAGCCAGGUCAGCCGCCGAGGGCGGGAAGAGGGGAUGGUUUCAUCAGUACAAGAAGCCAGGAACUUGACCCAUUUGAAGUGCAUCUCAGGCACUUCAAAACUAAAACCAAAUUUAGCUUAGAAAAACAUGGUCUCGUGCUCGGGGCCGAAAUUUGGGCAAAUUACCAUUCUCUGUUGGCUUUGGGUUGUAUGAGAAGGAGCAGGGCCGUGCGGGAUACGCUCUGCCUUUCUAGCGUCCCCUGAGCAAUGUGCUCUCCUGUCAGUCGCCCUCCAGUCCAGCGUCAGGGGUCCCCUGACCUCCCCCUCCAACCUAGAAGCCCUGGCUCAUAGACCAGAACUGGCAUCGUACCCUGGGCCCCUUGACCUUGGCUCCUCUGGGUUUUGACUCAGUCCCUCUGGGUGUAGCAGGGAAAUAAGAGGUGAGCCCUUCAGGAUUAAUCCUCUUGGACCAGCCAUCAUAGGAAUGUCCCCAGCCCUGCCCCUAUCUGGCCAUCCUGGGGCCUGGAGGAGCUACAGCUGCUGUUUUAAACGCCAGCACUCCCUUUUCGUCCUCUCCGCUGGGGCACUGGUUCGUGGUCGGCUUCCAAAAAUAUAGACAAUCCACUCUCUUUAAAGCACAGUGUCUUCAAAGAAUGUUUUCCCUUUCUGUCCUGA